UUUUCUUUGGCAUGUAGCCCUACCAUAUAUCUUCUCCUUCAUAUAUUGCUACUAUCACUUACAGAUUAACAAAUGAAACACAACAGACAAAACAGACCACAAAUUAGUGAGAAUUAGCAUCGGAGCAGGAAAAAGGAAAAGAAGCACAAGACAAAAAGAAAUGGAGGUGAAAAAUAAGUAUGUAGCAAUGAAGAAUCAUAUAGAUGGAGCCCCAAAUGAAUCAGACUUCUCCAUUUGUGAAGAGUUACUUUCAGUAAAGCUCCAGCCUCAGGCUUCCGACGAUGUUCAUGUGCUGGUGCAAAAUCUCUACAUAUCCAUUGAUCCCGGCCUAAUAAACCGCAUGAAGACUCACAGCUCCACGCAUACCAGCAUCCCUGAGGCAUCCGCUCUUCUUCCAGGACAGGCCAUUGAAGGAAUCGGGGUGGGAAGAGUGGUGGAUUCCCGGCAUCCUGAUUUCAAAGCAGGCGAUGUGGUGUGGGGGCUUCUAAGCUGGGGAGAGUAUUGCGUCGUAAAAGCAGGUGUUUUGCUGCAAAAGUUGGAUACCAGUUUCGGAUUUCCCCUAUCAUAUUAUGCUGGAGGAGUUCUAGGAAUUAGUGGAUUCACAGCAUAUGUAGGGUUUUUCAAAGUUUGCAAGCCCAAGAAGGGGGAGAAAGUGUUUGUUUCUGCUGCAUGUGGAUCAGUUGGCAUUUUAGUCGGACAGUAUGCCAAGAUGUCUGGAUGCUAUGUUGUUGGCUGUGCAGGAAGUAAGGAAAAGGUGGACUUACUAAAGGAGAAGAUUGGGUUUGACGAUGCAUUCAACUAUAAAGAAGAAAAUGAUUUGAGUUCAACUCUUCAAAGGUACUUUCCUGAAGGGAUAGAUAUAUACUUUGACAAUGUGGGAGGUGAAAUGUUGGAAGCAGCAGUUGAGAAUAUGAACAGCUCUGGUAGAGUGGCAGUUUGUGGAGUGAUAUCUGAAUAUACGGACAGUCUGAGAAAAGCGAAGCUGGAUAUGGUGCAAUUAAUCUACAAAAGAAUCAGAAUACAAGGGUUUAUUUCUUUGGACUUGAUGAGUAUAUAUCAAGAAUUCAUUUCAACCACCACCCAAUAUCUUCAGACAGGCAAAAUCAAGGCCAUAGAAGACAUCUCUUAUGGUGUUGAGAGCAUUCCAAAGGCCUUUCUUGAUAUUUUUCGUGGCAAUAAUAUUGGAAAAAAGGUAGUCAGAAUUGUUGAAGGCGAUCAUGCAUUACAUUGAAUUGCCAAGGUGAGGUGGCAUUAUUACAUUGUCGAAUGAUUUUUGUAUGUCUUUUGAACUUAUGAACUCCACACAUAGCUUUGACUUCAUUGAUUGGUUAUCCGUCAUGUCCAGACACAUAUAUACUGUUUUCAACUUUAUUGUACGAUUGCCAUGAAGAUGCCAAAUAUAAAUGAAUAUGA